UGGGCUGUGGAGCGGAAUAGAAAUCAGGCCCCGCCCGUUAUACCCAUUUAGGCGCAGAUCCGCUUACGUCGGAAAGCCCGCAAUGGCGAGGCGCUCCGCCUCGCAUUUGUUGUGUUCAAGUUCAACACAUGUUCUUACUCUACUCCUAAUAUCUGAUUCAGUUUUCACUCCUCCAUAGAAAUCGAUCAACCCUAGGUCAGAAAAUGGGGCGGAAGAAGGGGGCGACGCUGAUUCACGACGGGCCGCCGGACGAUUUCGACCCGGAGAACCCCUACAAGGACCCGGUGGCGAUGCUGGAGAUGAGGGAGUAUCUAGUCAGGGAGAAGUGGAUCGACAUCGAGAAGGCUAAGAUCUUGAGAGAGAAGGUCAAAUGGUGCUACCGAGUCGAAGGCAUCAACCAUCUCCAGAAAUGCCGCCACCUCGUCCACCAGUAUCUUGAAUCCACCCGCGGCAUCGGCUGGGGCAAAGAUCACCGCCCCCACGUCUUCCACGGUCCGAAGGUGGAAGCGACAGCUGAGUGAAUUGUUGGCGGGCGGACUGCAGAGUCGCCGGUUUGAAUAAUUUGAGGUAAUCAUGUUUAUCCAGCAAGCUGAUGUAUGUGAGAUAUGUCUACAUGACAAUCAGGUUUGUGCAUUGGGUUAUUAACUUUUGUCCAGCUAGACUGUUACAAUCAAAUGUAUGUUUUUUGUUUAAUCCAAACAUUAAGGGCCAUGUGGCUAACUUCUUUUCUCGUGCAACUUUCUGUAUUGUGGAAGUGAGGAGAGUUUUUACCAACAAUCAAUAGCAAAAUAAUGUCAUAAGUUCUUAUCUCUUUGAUUUC